CUAAAAAUAGCAUGUAAUUCCACAGGCAAGCAUUCAAAAUGGAGUCAUUUUCAUCAAGAAUAAGCAAUGGACUGCAGCACAUGUCUGAAUCCUUGUUUGUGGGGAUGUGUCAGAUGGUUGGGACCUCAAAAGAGGUGGCCAUAAGGAGGGAGACAGCGGACAUCGAUUAUAUGCUGAACAGACAAAUAAAAACUAAUAAUAAAGUUAUUAAGAUGCUGAGUGGAAGUCGCAGAGAAGGUUUCAGACUGAAGGGAUCAGAUUUUGACUAUAUGUUCUGGACAAACGACCACCAAGUGAUCAUAGACAUGUCUCAGUAUUGCAACACAGCCAAUACAACCUUGAUUUUCUCUGACAGCUCUGAGAGCCCACCAGGAUUCGCUUUACUUGAGUUACUGACACGAUCAAAAUACAGAGAAGUCCAAUUAGCAUGUGUCACAAUGAAUGACCGAGUAUAUAUAUCUAGUUCUACAUACAGACAGUUGACAUGUUCGUCAGUUAUUCCUAAUUCUGUCGUACAUGGACCCUGUGGUAGUGCUCAUAUAGCAGGGAUAAUCGCAGAUAUCGAAUUUGACACUGCUUUGAGUUUUGUUAGUGACUGUUGGCCUCCGUCUGCCUCCUCAUGGAUAGACAGAUGUCACUCAUGGCCUGACCCUGAAGUUGUUGAUGACAUCAUCAGGAAUGGAUGUCACUUUGUAGCAAUUGGACACCCAUUAGGACCACAUACAAAUGAAGAAUGGAGAAUUUCAUUUUCUCAGGCAGAAUAUAAAGUUGUGAACUCAAUGAACCACUGUCAGUUUUUGACUUAUGGAUUGUUAAAACUUUUUCUAAAAGAAGUAAUGUAUCAACAAUCAGAAGACACCAAUAAACUGCUGUGUUCCUAUCACAUGAAGACAACAGUUUUCUGGGCAAUUCAACAAAACACACUGCCUCACUGGUGUCCACAAAAUCUCCUGGCUGGUUUCUGGGUCUGCUUUAAACUCCUCCUUAAAUGGGUGUAUGAGGGAGUUUGUCCUAACUUUUUCAUACCACAAAACAACCUGUUUCUGACAAAGAUCCAUGGCCCAGCACAAAACAGAUUGUUCCUACAGUUACAUGAAUUGUACAAGAAAGGUCUAGCCUGUCUGUUACAGAGUUCCUCUAUUAGGUCCUACAUCAUUGAUGUCCUGUACGAUCCUACACUUUCUAUUUGUACCGAUGAGAGUACAUUGAGGUCUCAAGUUGAUUAUGAUGUAGAACUUGGCAGAGAGUUAGAUUUAGUUAGCUUAUGCACAAAAAACCUAUUUGGCCUUAUCAAAGCCAUGCACACCAUAGAACAGUUGGUAUAUUCACCCUUGACACACUAUCAAGCUGUUACGAUACGGACAUUUACAGCCACCAUAUUUCAGUAUACUGCAUUUCAAUUACAAAAUAUAUACACUAACACCGGUUUCAAUAAACAGCUAUAUAUUGCGGACAAAUUGUCCUGUCAAUUGCUGAAAUUAGCAGCCAAGUUUGGGUGUGUUUCUGAUAUGUUGUACAUUGCCAUGUAUUAUUACAAUACACUCCGAUACAGGGAAGCUUUAUUUGUUUUAGAGAUGACAAAGGUCAAGUUAGCACAACCGUAUCUGAUGUAUAGGGACCAUGUAGACAGAGAGAGGUAUACUGAGGCUGUAGGGGGACAGUCCUGGUCUACAAAGAUGAGACAGGCCGUAGCAAAAGAUGUUAGACUUGAUAACAGAAUCGGUUAUAUUAGUGAUCUAUUACUGGAACAACAGCCUGCUCUGCAUGAUAAGAAUAAGCCUCAAUUAUUUAUCCCAGUGUUUGUAAUGUUACAUUUCCUGGAGUUCUUGUGUUACAGACACGUUGAUACAACAUUAUCACAAGCAGCUCUAGAUGAGCUACAGGUCCUAGUCCACCAUGAUCAGGGACUGUAUGUACCUCAUUUACUCAGAGAUAUCUCCUGGGAGAUCCUUGGGAUCUGUCAACAGAUCACAGGGAACCUCCAAGCUGCUUUAUAUUCAUACAAACAGUCACUCGCGCAGUAUCCAUUCAACAACAUACAAACUGCUACACAUAGGAGAAUACAGGAUAUACUCUCACAACAGUAAAUACCGAAGUAAUUCGGAACAUCAGUCUAAGAUUGAAAGCCACUUACUAAACUAAUAUAUGUACAUAGAUAAAACAGAAUGUAUUAUUAUAACAUUUAUUAUUAUUUUUUCACUAUUUACAUUGAUAGAGCAAUUCAAUAUAUUUUGCCGAUUCUCUGAAACAGCAUACUCAGUUUUUCUCUUAGCUUCUCCUCGGGAAAUAAACUAGCUCUCGGGUAACUGGAAUCUUGCCGACUCUUUCAAUGGUAUACAUUAAUUGUAUAAUAUCUCUGCAUAAUGCUGCAAAUCCUGAAUCACGUUAUUCCUACAACUUUAUACUACUGUACACGUUUUACAUGAUUUGUGUUUUAUUUGUAAAAAAAAAAAAAAAAAAUCAAUUGUUUGCUAAAGGCCCUGUCACACCAAGCUGCGUCCCCACAGCGUGUUCACGGCGUUGUAAUAUUCAUGGAAUCGCCGUAGGAUCGCAAGGAAAAUUAAGAAAAAAUGUACCGUUGUAUUUGAAAAUUUUACAAGUGGAGUCGUCACGGCGUCCUAUUACGGCGACCGAGGCGUUCUUACGGAGCUCCCACGGCGUGUAACUGCGUUUCCACGGUGUUCUACUUGGCGAUUAACUGCGCUCUCGCUGAGUCUCCGCCGCGCGCUCAUGGCGUGCGAGGAGAUUUUACCGCGCUUCCACGCUGACUGCGUGCACAAGACGUUCUCUACUUCUUGGUAGGUUAAUAUUAAUUUGUACAACUGUAUGGGAAACAAACAAGAAUUUACAACUAGUAAACAAAUGAUUAAAAAAUUGUUUUGAUUUUAUGAAAAGGUACAUUGUAAUAUUGAAAGAUAGUUACUUCUUAACAAUUUGUGAAGGACUAGGAUAAAGCUUUUAGUAGUCACGUCUACAAAAAAAAUUCCGUUAUUAGUUGUUAGAAAACAUAGAAUAGAUUUGAAAACAUCAGAACCAAAUGGCAUGAAUUCCAUCUACGUCCAUUGAUAGGUCUUGGAAUAUUAGCAAAUUCUACUUUUUAAAUAGUCAUCUACAUCCAGUUUGAUAAUCAUUACAUCGCUUGUUAUUGUACAACAGCCAUUUUUCGAGUUUUCGUGGUCUUGAUGACAACGCUGUAGAAACGCCGUGGGAGCGCGGUAUAAACGCAGAAGAAACGUCACGAGAACGCGAUGAACGCAGCAACAGCUCUUUGGGGUCGCUGUGUGUGUGAACGCAGCCAAAUGGAAAGCAACUUGUUCAAACGCUAUGGAUGCGCAGUGAGAGCGCGAUAGAGACGCAGUGAGAUCCCAAAGGACUCCGUGAGGUCUCCGUGCAAGCGCAAUUGACUUAUCACUGCGUCUACACUGCGAUUAGCUGCGUUCCUUGAGCGCGCCGACGGAGCUCUCGUGGCGCUGUUGGAUAUCUUACGGCGCUGUCACGGCGACCUCACUACGCUUCUACGGCGUGUUUAUCAGAACGCCGAGCCACGGCGCGUAGUUUGUGCAUGUUCAAAGUGCGCGCCGUCGCAUGGCGUUCUUCAAUGUUUAAGGCGAUCCCACCGCGGUGGACGAAGAUGCCGUUGCGUUCUUACGGCGCUCUAGGAGACUCUACUGCGUUUACCUUGGCGUUUUACAUUACAUUUGUAUUCAAGGACGCGGCGGGAUCGCCGUGAGGACGCAGCUCCGGUGUGACAGGGGUUUAACAGUACAUGAAACAUAGCAGUACCUUUUGUCCAAUUAAGGUGUAGUGCUUUUGUGAUGUUUAUUAGCUGAUAUAGCACUGAUGUCAGUUAUUGAUAUUUGUGAUCAUUACUUUAUCAAAGGAGUUCUGUUGUCUUCAUACAGAUUAAAUAUUUCGUCUA